GGCCAGGCACUUCCGGUUGCUGCUGGUCCCGGAGGAGGAGGGAUACAGCCGCAGCGGGGGCUGCGCCGCCCGGCCCAGCGCGGCCUCCUCCGCCCCGUGACGCCCCCGGGGUGGCAGCGGCGCCGCCGGAAGGUAUGUCAGAACACAGGAAUGAAUCCACAGCACUUGAUGAAAUUCAUCCAGCUGGAGAAGAGAUCCAGUCUGACUCUGAGGGAGGUGCAAUGGCUCAGGAGUCUCCCAAAAAUUCAGCAGCUGAAAUUCCUGUGACGAGCAAUGGACAGCUGGAAGAUUCUCAUGAGCACAGCUUUAAUAGGGACUUGAAACGUUCAUUACCAGCUGGACUUGGACUCUCUGAAACCAAAAUAACGUCUCAUGACUUUGACAGCACCAAAGAGGGAGUUGUUGAGGCAAGGCCAUUUCCAGGGAAAGGUUCCUCAGCAUCACCCAAACCAACUGUUAUAUCUGCCAGCAGUGCAGCAGCUAGCAGACUGGCUGGACAAGGUUGUGAUUUAAUUAUUCCCACAGGGGGUAGAGCUCAGCAGAAGAGCGGACCUGUUGUGUUAGCAGAUGAAGUAAAGAAUCCAGCAAUGGAGAAGUUGGAAUUGGUGAGAAAGUGGAGCCUAAAUACUUACAAGUGUACACGUCAAAUCAUCUCUGAAAAACUGGGUCGUGGCUCAAGAACAGUGGAUCUGGAGUUGGAAGCUCAAAUAGAUAUACUGAGAGAUAACAAAAAAAAGUAUGAAAAUAUCUUGAGACUGGCACAGACUCUGUCUACACAGCUCUUCCAGAUGGUACAUACCCAAAGGCAACUUGGAGAUGCUUUUGCUGACCUGAGUUUGAAAUCAUUGGAACUUCAUGAGGAGUUUGGCUACAAUGCAGAUACGCAGAAACUUCUAGCUAAAAAUGGAGAGACUCUUCUCGGGGCUAUUAACUUUUUUAUUGCCAGUGUGAAUACAUUGGUGAAUAAAACAAUUGAGGAUACAUUAUUGACUGUGAAACAAUAUGAAAGUGCCAGGAUUGAGUAUGAUGCUUAUCGAACAGACCUGGAAGAACUUAAUCUUGGCCCUCGUGAUGCAAGCACUCUACCAAAGAUUGAGCAAUCACAACAGAUGUUUCAAGUGCAUAAAGAGAAAUAUGACAAAAUGCGUAAUGAUGUAUCUAUCAAAUUGAAAUUUUUGGAAGAAAAUAAGGUGAAGGUCUUGCACAAUCAGCUUGUCCUGUUCCACAAUGCUAUUGCAGCGUACUUCGCUGGGAAUCAAAAGCAGCUUGAACAGACACUUAAACAGUUUCACAUCAAAUUGAAAACUCCUGGAGCAGAUGCUCCAUCCUGGCUUGAAGAACAGUAAUCAAAGAAGAGGACCCAAUGUUAACCUAAAAUCUUUAAUAAGAAUUAAGGGUUGGGGUUGGAGGACUGUUAUAGUGAUUCUUGCACAGAGAGCUUUACUUUUUUUUUUCCCUUUUAUGACAUUGGAAAACUGAAUUUGUUGGGAAAAUGGGUAACUUUAAGGUAACUAAACAUAAUUUCUAUCAUUUCAAAUACAGAGCACUCAUUUUGUAUGUGAAGGCUGGUGGUUACUUCUGUAGCUGGGAUGGGGGGCGAGGGAGGGAGGGGAAAAAAAAACUAUAUGGAUUUGCACUGACAAAUUAUGUUUGUGAUUUCUGGUUAUUUUGGUGGCUAGUCAGAAUAUUUCCAAAUGGAGAUUUACGUGAUUUGUACCAACAUCUGGUAUUUUAUAGACAAAUAUAAAAACAUCUUUAAUAAUUUUCAUAUGACUUUUAAAAAGGAGAGAGUUAAAAGAAUAUUUUGCAAAUUAAUAAUAUAAGGCUGGUAUGCAGUACAUGCAUAUAAGGCAGCAGUAGCGGUUGGCUCUGACUAGUGGAAUUGCAGCAGAUGCCUUUUUAAAAGAUGUACCUUUCCAUUGUAGAGAUAAAAAACAAAAAAACACUAAAGCAGGAAUCACUGUCAGUCUGAGGAUUUUAAGCACACAUCUUUGCUUUGCACCAAGUGGUUUGCUGAGUGAAGCCAACCAUACGAUAUACUAAUCUCAUUUAAAAUUUUACUUUAUGGGAAAAGAAAAAACAACCAUACUAGCCUUAAAUCACAGGUAUGUGCCUUUUUAUAAGAUAAUAUUUUCAACCAGUGUACAUAAUGCAAAAACCCUUUCAUGUAACGGUUGUCAGUUCCAACAUGGGAAAGGAGACUGUAUAAAUGCUGUUUGUUUGUACACUUAGAGAAAGUAAAAGCUUUAGUUGACCUUCAUGGACCGAUAGUUUUGAGUGAGGAAGUUGGGCCAGUAUGAUUUUUCUGUUUAAUUGAAAAGCAUACUUCAGUAAUGAGAGCGAUGUGGAAGAUACUUCUUUUUAAUUUCUCUGUCUGUAGUGUAGUUCUUCCUCAAAUGUAAAAUUCUGUCAUUUUUAUCAUAUCCAUUUUAAAUUCAGUUUAUUGGAGUCCUCAUUUGCACGUUACAUUGCUUUGUGUUCUAUGAAGUAAAAUUGAAAUACUUCAGAUACGUUAUUUACAACUGUGUGGAUUGUAUGAUUUAUGUACUGUAUGUUCAAAUGCCUUUCAGCUGACAUUCUUAAAGUAACAGAAUUGUAAUGUAACUGUAAAUCAAACUUUUUAAUCAUUCCUCAUUAAAUUCUUGGCCUGACAGUCUUCUUUAUGUUUUGAUUCUGUCAGAAUCUCUUGUAAUAGUUAAUUUACAUUCCCCAGAAUGUAUAUCCUCUGUGAAUUUUGUAUUCAUAUUAAAGAUGUUUGCAGCCAAACUUCUUUGACUUGUGAUGGUUAAGAGCACAACCCAGCUUCUGCAGCAAGAGCUCUAUAUUUGAGUUACCAGAAAUUAUUGGGUAGGGAUGUAAGUCAGUAGGUUAUAACAGCAAUAUUGUUCUUUUAUUUUAGAAUGGUUUAAUAGCAUGCAAGUUGAAGUUGAAUGCAAACUCAAGGAAACAAAUCCUUCAGUAUUCUUGAUUUUUAAACUUACAAAGAUAACUUCAUCGUAUUUUACAGCUUAAAUGAAGCUGCAAGUUUUCAGUUUUCUCUGAAUCUUGGCGUGUGUAUGGUAUGAUGGUACAAGCAAGAAGUUAACUGCAUGAUUGUACAGCUCAGAUGGAAAGUGCAGAUAGCAGCAUCGGUGAUGAAUGCAAACCUAUUGAUUACAAUUGAAAUAUCAGCCCUCAGUACAUUGUAGGAAAGACAUAUAUAGGGGGAUAUAUAGGGAUCACGUGCUUUUGGUUUCUUUGAAAGAUUAACGGUGGCUUAAAACUGCUGGAGUCUCUUCACCUGGAAGAAAAGGUCGGAAAAGAGAAAUUACUCACUAAAAUCAGUUUAGUGUUUAAUACCAGAGAUAACGAAGAAUGAUUUCCGUUUUGCUCACUAAAGCAAUUUUUAAUUGAUGGCCUCAGAGAGGAGAAUCCUGUGUUCAGUUGGUGGAUAAGGUACGAGCAACUUCCUUUUAUAGUAUGUGAAUGGAGGUGAAGAAAGUUCAAAUAUAUUAUUUUGUAUGAAUUCUACAAACUGUUUUUCUACUCCAAUGUGCAAAUAAAAUGCUCGUUAGCAUA